AUGUUCACAAGCAACGAUUCUGAGAUAGACGCUAUGUCAGCUCCAACUAGUCACACUGACUCCUUGACCACACCCAAAGUCAAUCGUCCUCAUAAGAGGCGCCGUUCGGUCGAACUACCACAAUCAGAGCGACAUGCUCUCCGCCCUCGCGCCGAUUCAUCAAACGGACAGAUCUCUCUAGCACCGAAGCGAGACAAAAAGCGAUACUUGAACGAUACCGCCGACAAACAAAAGGAGAGCGGAGUCCAUAAAGCUAAACGCCAGCGCACCUCUGGCGUAUACGACUCUGCUCGUAACAACGAGAUACGUCGCCCGCCAGAUCAGGAAGAAACGCGACAGCAACCGAAGCAAACCAUAGGGUGGUCUGGCACUGAUAUCAUUGUACCCAGACGAGAUCAACGCGUAGGCAUUGUUACGUUGCAACCCGUGAUCUUCGGCGUUGCAUCUUCUCCGCCAAAUGCUUUGCGAUCAUUCAAGCUCAAUGGACACCUCACACCUGCACAAAGCCCUCUCGUACCUCAAAAUCCUGCGUCUCCGCCUUUCACUUCCUACAAUUCUCUCGAAGGCGGCUUUGCUAGCCUAUUAGAUGACAAGGAAAGUGUCCUAAAGAACUUUGUAAAAACCAAGGAGGAACUUUUCAGGAAGCCUGCUGCAGGCGACGUCAAGGAAACUCCAGCGCAUAAUCCACGUCGCAAGAAGGCCUUUGAUGUCUGGAAAGACGUAUCACUGCCGUCUGAUAUAAUGAAUCCUAUAUCCAAAGCUCCAGGACUGAUAACUGAUGUCGUUGGCACCCAAAAACGUGAGGCAAGGUUGAGAGAAAAGCCAUGGGAGAUCGGUCAGGAGCCCGGCGCUAUAGCGAGAAGACGGUGCAAGAGAAUGCGAGUAGAGGAGGGAGAACACUAUCAUCCCAACAUCAAGAACUUCAGAUUUUCAUGCAAGCGAAAAGCUGAAGAUGAUCUUCGAGAAGGCAGUUCCAAGAGGGUAAAGAUGCUAGGCGAUCAGCCUUUUCCUUUAGUAGGGAAUCGUGAGAGUCAAUCAUCGCCAGCACAGGAAUUCACUUCUGAGUAUUUCACUGAGGUCGCAAAACCGCUACCUUCGGAGAAUUUAGAGACAUUACCCGAUUCAGCAGCGUCAGAUCAGAAGGAUCCCCUGAUUUGCAAAGACAUAUACAGUCUGUCCAACGCGCAACAAAUACCAGUUGCUGAACUGGAACCUAUAAUCAACCACGAGUUUUCUCUUCCCAGGGUCGACAACAAGACCUCUACCAGGAAGUCUCAGACAUCCGAAGAUGAUGGGAAGGUCUCAAGACUCGGAAGAUCCGCAUCUCUAGGCCUGCAAUAUACAGCUGAUGAGCCAUCGCCAUGCCAAGAAUCUUUUACGGACGAUGAGGUGGCAUUCAGGAAUCUCAACAAUCACAGAGCGCUGCCACCAGCUGUUGGAGGUGUUGUUGCAUCUGAAGCAUCGCCAAUAAUCGUGCCCACAGUUCCAUCAUGGAUUGCUGAGGGUUCGCAAUACUUCAUCAGUAUAGACGUAGCCUGUAGCGAAGGUUAUGAUACUGAACACCCCAGGAGCUACGAGCAUUAUCUUGCCCAGUUCACCGCUCGGCCUGCAUUUCCUCGAGCAAAGGAAUAA